CUGGUUUUUAUUUCAGAAGGAUGCCUCCCUUCAUGGUUCCGAAAAGAACAGAAUGAACCACCGCAAGCGUUGGAGACGAAGGCCUCAUUAACGAAUGAAAUCGACGAUCCUCCGGAACUCCUAGAUCAUAGCCGGCCACACGAAAUUGACGAUGAUAGACACAAAGGCCAUCAUCGACCUGCUCACGAAACCAACCAAGUCCACGAAGCUGACGACGAUGACAGCGAAAGCGAAGAAUUGGACAUGAUCUACGGAACUGCAGCACCGAUUCGAAUAGAUCACAGGCUAGAAGAAGCACGAAAACGUCAUUCAAAACGUAAAUGUAAAGGUAAGUUGUGCUCAGUUGAAUCCAAAAUUUUGAGAUCUCUUUCAUUUUCUUAA